GGCACAGUCCCCCUUGUCCCCACCAGGCACCAUGGACUGGAAGACGCUCCAGGGCCUCCUGAGUGGCGUGAACAAGUACUCCACAGCAUUUGGGCGCAUCUGGCUGUCGGUGGUAUUCGUCUUCCGGUUGCUGGUGUACGUGGUGGCCGCAGAGCGCGUCUGGGGUGACGAGCAGAAGGACUUUGACUGCAACACCAAGCAGCCUGGCUGCACCAACGUGUGCUAUGACUACUUCUUUCCCAUCUCCAACAUCCGCCUGUGGGCCCUGCAGCUCAUCUUCGUCACCUGCCCCUCGCUGCUGGUCAUCCUGCACGUUGCCUACCGGGAGGAGCGGGAGCGGCGGCACCGCCAGAAGCACGGGGACCAGUGUGCCAGGCUGUACAGCAAUACUGGCAAGAAGCACGGGGGCCUGUGGUGGACCUACCUGUUCAGCCUCAUCUUCAAGCUCAUCAUCGAGUUCCUCUUCCUGUACAUGCUGCACACGCUCUGGCAUGGCUUCAGCAUGCCRCGCCUGGUGCAGUGUGUCAGCGUGGCGCCCUGCCCCAACACCGUGGACUGCUACAUCGCACGGCCCACCGAGAAGAAGGUCUUCACCUACUUCAUGGUGGGCGCCUCCGCCGUCUGCAUCGUACUCACCAUCUGUGAGAUCUGCUACCUCAUCUUCCACAGGAUCCUUCGAGGCCUGCGCAAGAACAAACCCACAAGGACCCUCCCAUCCUCCAGCAGCCGGGCCUCCACCUGCCGCUGCCACCACAAGUUGGUGGAGGCCAGAGAGCUGGGUCCCAACCCAGACGAUGACACGCUGCAGGCUUCGGCACCCAAACUGACCCCCAUCUGA